GUGUUGCGCGCAAUAGAUGAUGAGGACCAGCUGGAGGUGCUGGCUUGUGUCCACGGUGACUCCUACCUGCCCUUGAUGGUGUUUGAGCGGAUCCCCUCAAGCAGCCAGGUUGCAACACUUCCGUUCACCUUCGACGACAAGAAGGUUUGUUCCAAGGGAUGCAUCGCUGUGGAGUGCAAGCGGCAAGGCCUUUGCCUUUGCAUCGCCAAUGCACACCUGGAGGCCGGGCACGGCAAGAGCGAGGUUCGAGACGCGACCUUUGCCCAGAUAGGCGAACGCUUUGAGGCUGGCCCACAGUCUCUGCUCAUCGUCCUGGGCGAUCUCAAUUACCGCCUGGAAGCUUCCAAGGCAGUUGAAGAGCCAACCAAGGCUACUCCUGCUGACAAGCGUUCGCCAGAGUUUAUGUCAGAGUUUGAGACAUUGACGUCC